CAGCUCGCAGUUUAAGUUCUCAGCUUCGCGUUGACGGACCUCCUACCACUCCACUCACUAAUAGUUUAUAGACUCUUGGUUUCUGACUCCGUUGCGUGUGGCUGCAUUCAUUUACAUCUUAUAAAUUGUUCUUAAGUGAUAUUUCUACCCAAAAUGAUGAAAUCCGUGUGCCUAGUGAUUGUGAUCCAAGCUCUUUGGAUAGUAAGCGCGGAGACCCCCGCCUAUAUCAAACAAUGCCGCAGGGACGACCCCAAGUUGGUGGACUGUUUCAUUGGAGCUAUUGAACACCUGAAGCCCUACUUGGCCAAUGGCAUUCCCGACAUUCAGCUGCCCUCUGUGGAGCCCUUCAAGAUGGACACCCUGGCCCUGCAGUUGACGGAGGGUCCGCAGGGAUACAAGAUCACGCUGAAGAACAUGGAGGCCUUCGGGGCCAGCAACUUCCAGGUGAAGUCCCUGAAGCUGAGCGAUGGCAGCGAGCCCUUCAAGGCGAAGAUCGUGAUGCCCAAGCUGAAGAUCGAGGCGAAGUACACGAGCUCCGGGGUCCUUUUGAUCCUGCCAGCCUCCGGAGGAGGGGACUUUCACGCCAACUUCGAGGGUGUGAGUGCCGAUCUCACAGGAAAGACGUCAAAACACGCGGCCAAGGGGGGAAACUACCUGCACAUCGACGCCCUCAGCUUGGUUCUGGAUGUGAAGGAUGUGAAAAUGAGCAUAUCGGGUGCUUUCAAUAACAACCGUAUUCUGCUGGAGGCCACCAACUUGUUCUUGCGCGAAAACUCUCAAGUCGUCUUGGAGGCCAUGCAGGCUCAAUUGCAGAAGAAGUUGGCUAGUGAAUUCGGAAAACUCGCCAACCAGCUGCUAAAGAACGUUCCCAUCGAGCAAUUCUACGUGGAUUAGUACUAAGUAUCAUAGAUCCUAGUUCGUUAGUCUAAGCUAAGAUUUAUUUAACUUUAAAUUACUCUGUAAUGCUAUGAACCAAGUAUUAAAUUGUAUAUGGUGUAAA